AGAUAACUUGUAUGAAUAUAUAACUGCAAGCAGCAGGCUGCAGGUGUCCUGACUGUUCUUUCUUUCUCCCCACAUCCUGGCGUCCGGAAUGCCUUCCAGUCAUCGCUCCUCAGAGAGCAUCAGUUCGCCCUCGUCGCCCUCGUCACCCCAUUCUCCAUCCGCUUAUUCGGGUCUUGUUAACGCCUCUUCCUCUGCCUUGGUUCUACUGCCAGACUCAGAAGACACCAGCCAAGACUCAGAUCCAUAUGGCUUAUUCAGCGAAGAGGAGACUGAGGAGGAACAGGACCAACAGCCCGAGAUCCGUAGAUUGGCAAUACCACCCCUUGCACCGUCUGCCAUAUUUGUAUAUCUUUUAUCGCCCUACCUCAGGCUUGGUGCAAUGUACAUUACAAGCGGAAAUAUCCCGCUAAAAUACGCACUUGCUUGUCUUGUAUCCUUCGCCUUACUCUCGCUCUUUUGUCGUCGUAUCUGGUAUCUCCUUGGUCGCUACAUUCGAAAGUCAACCAUCGAAGACAUCCUCGCCGAGGUUUUCGCAAGGGGCAGACGUAAGAGAUACAGAAGAGAGAUCAUACGCAAUGUCACAACCUCUGUAGCCGGAUUGUUAAGAGUUCUGCUGGCAACAAUGUACCUUCGUGAAUCUAUGGAUGCAGUCCUUCCUUUACUUCCUGAAUGGUCGUCACUGGGCUCACAGGUCGCCAUUACCGUUGCAUCGGGCUUGAUAGUCUUUACAGUGUCCCUAUCCAAAUCUCUGGCCGCCAAACCUGUCAUAUUCUCAACAUGGCUUUCUGUAAUCUCUUACAUGUUUUGGCUAGUCUCUGUAGCCUAUGCACAUGCUAAAGGUACACUUCGUCCUAACCCAAGUUGGUUGCAAAGAGGCACUCUCUGGAAUUGUAUUACCAACUUUGCAUUUACGUUUACUACAACUAGUACGGUCCCUUUGUAUGCUUCCCUCAAGGCAGGACCAGCGACCUUUGCUUCCAGGACAGAAAGAUCACGAUCAUUUACUGUACUUAGCAUAUCAUCCGCGCUUCUCGCCGUUCUCCUCCUUCUGCCGCUGACCUUUUUCUCAGCCGUCCAGAACAUGCCAGAAGUGAAUCAUACUAUGUUCGACGCCCUGAUUUCUAUCCUAGAGGCCACCACUCUUUUAUCUUCAAUUCCUUCCAUCAUCGUUAUGAUACCUUCUAUCCCCAUUUCAAUGACGAUAAGGAGGAUUACUCAAGUACCUUUGAGUAAAAUGUUCAUCUGUCUUGUCAUUCUGUCUCUGAGUCUGAUACCCGUCGCUAUCGCGGGUCCUAUGAGCGACAUCACCCUAUUUUUGUCUCUGGCAGGGACCUAUUUGCUACCAGCCGUGAUACACAUCAUCACGCACUUCUUCAGACGCCCCAUUUCCAUCGUUGUUCCACCAACGCAGGCUUCAGAACCAAAUACGCCGCGUACCCCUCAAGUGCCACGUCCCCCUCCUGACCUUCUUUUGCAGCGUAAGGAGCUUGCCAUGCAAAGACGAAGACUUGGAAAGAGGAUCAUUUGGGAUGUGGGGAUUUGGCUUUUGCUUAUCCCCGUAAGCACUUGUGGUUUGAUAUGGAUGGUCGGACGGGUGGCGCGGCAGUGGUAGGUCAUGCGCGAAGGAGAGAAGCUGCAGCGGCAGCGCCUGCUGGUAAGGUGCGGGGCUUUCCGUCAAGAAAAUUUAUGUAGCACAUGCCAAUAACGUGACGUGCUCGGAGAAUCUAUCAACAACUGCGCUCUGGCAGCCCAUCUUCACUGGUUAUCCCCAUUGUCAAUACCAUCACCUGUCGCACUGUUAUCUCUGUUGUACCUCUACCUAAGAUCUUGUGAAUUAUUACAUACUUGUGAC